AUGGCUUCCAACUCACAAGAACAUACCAACAGACUCAUUCACGAAAAGAGCCCUUAUUUACUGGUACGUGUCACUCGUCAAUGGCCUCAAUCAACACGGUACGUGCUUUUGUCAAUGGUUAAGAAUGUGUGGUCAAUUGACUCGAUGCCUUGUUUUAUUAUGCUUCUUGUGUUUUAUCAAGCUCAUAACCCGGUUGACUGGUAUCCAUGGGGAGAAGAAGCUUUCCAAAAAGCACGCGAUGAGAACAAGCCGAUCUUUUUGAGUGUGGGAUAUAGUACAUGCCAUUGGUGCCAUGUUAUGGAGCAUGAAUCUUUUGAAAACGAUCGAGUAGCCGAGAUCAUGAACAAGUACUUUGUCAACAUCAAAGUGGAUCGCGAAGAAAAUCCAGGGGUGGAUCGUUUCUAUAUGACAUUUGUACAAUUGACAACAGGUGGCGGAGGUUGGCCAAUGUCAGUUUUUCUCACGCCUGAUCUUCAACCAUUCAUGGGUGCUACCUAUUUCCCUCCCGAGGACAAGUUUGGUCGACCUGGCUUCAAGACUAUCUUGACACGCAUUGCUCAAAUUUGGGCUGCUUCUCCUGAAAAGCUGAAACAAGCGGGAAAGAGCACUGUUGCACAGCUCAAAGCUUAUGUCGAGUCGAAACCCCCUGGAUCAUCCUCGGCAAGUGCAUUGACACCUUGGAGCACGGCUGAAGAUACAUUUGAUCAUUUCGAAUCCAGCUUUGACGAGAAACAAGGUGGAUUUGGUGGCGCGCCCAAGUUUCCAACCCCUGUGCAAUUGUUAUUCCUUCUUGACUACUAUGGCUAUCAGCAUAAACCCAAUGAUGCAAGGAAAGCACUCGACAUGGUGUUAUUUACUCUUCGUAAAAUUGCUGCUGGUGGUAUUCAUGAUCAUGUUGGAAGUGGUUUUCAUCGGUACAGUACGGAUGAUCAUUGGCAUGUGCCCCAUUUCGAGAAGAUGCUGUAUGAUCAAGCACAACUACUUAUGGUGUAUUCACGAGCGUAUCAAAUCACCAAGGAUGAGCUUUACGCUGAUGUUGUCAAGGAUAUUGUGCGAUACGUGUCACGAGAUCUUUUGCAUGGUGACGGUGGAUUUUACGCUGCCGAAGAUGCCGAUUCAUUGCCUACUGCCGAAGCUACAAAGAAAAAAGAGGGCGCGUUCUGUGUAUGGGAGGCUGGAGAGUUGGUGGACAUAUUGGGUGAUGACGCUGCUGCAUUGUUUUCGUAUCGGUAUGGCGUAAAGGAACAAGGCAAUGUUGAUCCAGAACAAGAUCCUCAUAAUGAACUUGAGAAAAAGAAUGUCCUGUUCGAACAACACUCAAUCAAGGAGACCGCCCAAAAAUUCGCUGCAUCUGAAGAAUCAGUGUCGAGUAUCUUGCAAGAUUCCCUCUCCAAGCUGCUGAAAUACCGCCAAACUUCUCGUCCAAAGCCCCACCUGGAUGAUAAGAUUUUGACAUCGUGGAAUGGAUUGAUGAUUUCGGGAUUGGCACAAGCAGCGCGCAUUUUGGACGACUCAUCCAUGUUGGAACUUGCAACUCGAGCAGCCACCUUCAUUCGCAACAAUUUGUAUGAUGAGAGCAAAAAGACAUUGCUGCGCAGCUACAGGGAAGGUCCAUCAUCGAUCGAUGGUUUCUUGGAUGACUACAGCUAUAUGAUUAUGGGCUUGAUCGAUCUCUAUCAGGCGACAUUUGAUCAACAAUGGCUCCAAUGGGCAUAUGACUUGCAGCUGAAACAAAAUGACUUGUUUUACGACAAUGACAAUGGUGGAUUUUUCAGUGUAAAGCGAGAUGACCAAUCGAUACUGGUGCGGCUCAAAGAUGAGCAAGAUGGAGCUGAACCAUCAGCCAAUGCUGUCUCUGUGGCCAAUCUUUGUAUACUUGGUACAUUGCUACAAAAUCUAUCAUUAUCAGAUAUGGCACAAAAGACGAUACAAGCUUUUGAAUCAACAUUGGCCAAACUCGCAUUCAGCAUGCCGUAUUUCGUAUCAUCAUUCUUGUUGGUUACCAUUGGGAUCAAGGAGAUCAUCCUUGCUGGUGACGAUAAGAAUAUGGAAAGGAUGCAUACGUUUCAACGGGCUAUCAAUCGUGUCUUCAUUCCUAACAAGCUGGUUGUCAACGUGGUGCUUGGGAAGAGUGAUGGAGUACUUCAGGAAAAGAAUACUGUGAUUCGGGAUAUUGCAAACAAAAGUGCAGACGAUGUCAAUGGCGUAUCGGCUUUUAUUUGCGAGAAUUUUGCAUGUGGCAUGCCGAUUCAAGAUCUCGACAAGGUCAUUAGCAAUCUCACUUCUCAUUACUCAUAG